AUGUCGAAUCCUUUAUCACCCCUUUCACCCUCCUACCAGAAUUCACGAGCCCGGUCUUCUCCCAAGAUGGGCUCGUCGCCUUUCGUCACAGAACCCUCGGCCGCAGACGCUAUGGUUCCUUCAAGUCCGCUGAAGCAAACCUGGUCCGAUCGCAAGACUACACAAAGCCCACGCCCUUCCUACCCGAUCGAUCUCGACAACGAGAACGAAGAAAACUUCCAGCCUAACGACUUUCACGCGAACAAUGACUACCAUGACUACCAUGACCAUGACCAUGACCAUGACCGCGACGACUUCCGAGAGCCGGAUUCAGAACCGGAACCUGCGAGCUCGCCCUUCCGGCCCGAUGCCCGCGAAGACACGGUUGAUUUCCAAAAAUUACACGAAUAUCAACAUCAACAAACGACACCGGCAGCGGCAGUAAUGACGCCACGGCAUAAAUUUCGUCCUGUACAACCGGAGGAUCAAGAACCGAUGAGUUCUCCCUUCCGACCCGAUGCGCAAGACGAAGACGAAAACGAACCCGAGCGCGAAACAGUGGACUUUGACCGAUUGCGCAAUGCGCACCCUUUAUCGCCGGGUCUGGAUAAGAGACUUGCGCUCGAUGAUCCAGCCAGUUCGCCGUUCCGACCUGAUGUGCGCGAUGGAGAUGAGAAUGAUUCAGUUGACUACCAACAAUUGAGAGACGUCGAGCCCUUGUCGCCGGGCCUGGAUAAGAAACUCGCGGUGGAGGAUCCAGCUAGUUCGCCUUUCCGACCUGAUGCGCGCGAUGAGACUGUUGAUUUUGGGAAAUUGCGUGAGAUGCAGCGUCUUUCGCCGGAUCGGGGAGAACCAUUACAACCGGAGAGUUCACCUUUUAGAGCAGAUGUGCGGGGAAAUGUUGAGAUUGAUGACUUUGAUGAGCAAGAAGAAGAGCUUCGCCCAUCUUCACGCGAGUCGAUUGGUCGUGUCCAACAAUCACCUUCUCCGGCCCCGGCUGGUGCAUAUGACUCUCCGGUUCAGCUGGACGCGCAAGAAGAAACACAGGUGGACAAUAUCGAGCGCGAGGAGCUAUUUCACGAAUCGUCGCAAGAGGAGGUCGAACAGCGCUUGCCAGUUGUGGAACAAAGCUCACCAUUGCGACAGGAUGUCCAUGAGAAUUCGAACCAAGCUAUUGCCAAUUCUGAAGAGCUGCACAAAGUCCCUCGCAAACCAAUUGGACGCGUCGAGAACUCCCCUCCGGUUCCAACAGCCACACGCUCCUCGCUAUCUAGACAAAGAUCCCCCGAUAUGGCGCUUGAGGUGCAGAAGCUCCGUUCUUCGCGCCCAUCACUCCGCACAUCGCUUGGGCUCGAAGGGCGGCAAUCAUUUGCAGCUACGCCUCGUAAGCGAUCUUUCGACGAGACACCGCGAGGCCAGGAAGAAGCGCAAGCCCAUGAGUCGUGCAAGAAGGGCAUGGUUAGCAGGCCUGAAGUACCGGAUAUUCACGUCGAUCUCGAUGAAGAAUCCAGUGUCAUUCAUAAUGAGAGUCUGUUGUCAAUGACAAGCGCUAUGCGAGACCAGUCUACGAUCGCAAACAGCAUGAUGGAAGAUAGACGCAACGAGGGGAUGUCAACGUUUCUCCCAGAGGAUGACAACGCUGGUGCGAAUGAAAACUCCGCGCUGGGAGAUGAUUAUCCUGACUCGAUGGAUGAGACUGGCUUAAGUAACUUCUCUGUUUUACCCGACAUGACCUCCUUUGCAAAACUCCGAGCCGACUCGCCUCUUAAGUCGAUGCGUGGCAGUAUCGGACACGGUCAAUCUCAGAGAAACGAUAUGUAUCGACAGAGCGCCGGCCCCUCUACCCCGGAACUGCUCGACGAUCCUACAACAGGGCGAGUGCCCAUCUUGAUACCGGAUCACCUGCUGGAUCGCCCACGCCCCGACAUCGACCAUCCCGCGAUUUGGAGAACUCUCGCGCAGCGCCGAACUUGCUCGAUUUUGGCGAUUCCGUGA